AUGAGAAGCAGAGUACAAUUUGGCAUCGGUUCUUCAGCUCUUACACCCUGGGAUAGGAUGACACCAAAUGAUCCUAGUCUAGGAUGGGAAGGCUACACAUUGGUCAACACCAAGCGGGAGAACAGGAAUUUAGAAUUUUACAGAGACACUAAAGUCUGGAUUGAAAUAGCCUUACAAAUGCUUUUGCCCUUGUUCAGGCAUGAUCUAUCACCGAUAGACAAAUCGUCAUCACAAUUUUACAUUGCCUCAACUAUUUUGCAUGAGUUUGCGCUCCAAGAUUCUCCAAUGGGACGAGCCAUUGUACGCGAUGAGCCUGCAUACGGUGGUGACGAGAGAGGUAAAGGGGCGGAGGUAUUUUGCGAGCUAGGCUAUUCGUUUGUCAAGGGACUUCUAGGUGCUAUGCCAAAAAUACUGAAUCCCGGAUAUUGUGUUGGUGCUCCACUAGUAGCUCUGUUGCUUAGUAAAGAGAUUCCGGCACGCAAAUAUGGUAAUGGAAUUUUCUUGCACGAAGCUGGACAGAAUUUCGCACAAUUUGAGGAAACGAACAAGGAUAAAAUGACUCCAAGCUUUGGGGUAUCUAUAAUAGCGCCAGCACCAGCCUCAAUCGUAGUCAUUGAACCAGAUGCCUCACGUCCGGAGUUGUCCAGUUAUGUCUUCAAUAACUCUAAAAGGCGGUGGAUGUAUGAAGCGGAAGCUGUUGUGUCGGAUAUUGGAAUACUUUCAUCGUUGAAUCCUAAUCAGCGGAAAGCUUAUGACAUUGCAAUAGAACAAAAAGAACAUGAGUUCACUAAGUUGAAAACAAUUAGGUACCUCGACUUGCGGGAAGAAACAAAACAACGUGUCAUGCAGUGCAAUGAUGCUCUUGAAAAAUAUUUUACACAAAGUCCAGGAGAUCUAUCGGAUUCGGGAAUAAAUCGAAUUCUUCGCACCUGCGCGGAGAAUUUACGGCGCGAGGCUGACCAGGAAACACAAUUUGCCAUUGACUUCAUGGUCCAAGCAGAUUUGGACAGACCAAGCAGUUUGGAGUUCAGCAACACUCUAUUAGAAACGAAUCUGCAAGCCAGACAGAUGGCCAGAAAGGUACAGGAAGACUGUGAUCGCGUCGGAAUAGCUACCCUAGGACAAGAUUAUUAUAAUUUGCGCCUGCAAUUUGAUCAAAUCUUGUUCACAUUACGAGCUACCUAUUUCAUUCUUGGCCGACGAGUAAAACCAGGUAAAGGCGAAUCUCACGAACAACUCAUUGAUAGAGUGGGCAAGGCUAUGAAUCUUCACGAGCAUGAGCGUUUGAGGGCGCGUGAUUAA